AUAGAGAAACGCUCAAACAGAUCGAGAUAGAUCGCGAAAUGCAGUGAGAUGCUCCAGAUAGAAUAGAUUCUGCAUAUGCUGUUUCCACGGGGAUAUCUGACUACACUCGCAAAGGGCAUCAUCUGCAGUAGAAGUGAAGUUCCGCCAAGUUAGCGAAUUCCCACUGGAACUCUUUUCCUCGAGUCGGGAGACGGGAGUACGCGCUCAGUGACAACAAUGGGAGACGCACCCUCAGAUGAGUCCUUCUUUGGGAGGUUCUUGACGAAACUCCUAAGUGUCCUGCGCUGGGGUCAGUCGCCAGAAUGUAUUUUCUGCAAAAUUGCGGCAGGGAAUGAUCCGUCAGCUGAAAUACAUUACCACGACUCCAACUACGUGGUCAUCACGGACAUCGCACCUGCCUCGAAACAUCAUUACCUCGUGAUUCCCAAAGAGCACAUUAGGGAUAUGAAAUGUUUAGACGAUAUGCAUAUCGAAAUGGUCAAUGACAUGCUGAGGAUUGGCAAACAGGUACUCGAGUCCAGGGGAGGAAAAUGGGAGCACUGCAGGAAUGGCUUCCAUAACCCGCCAUUCAUUUCGGUAUCGCAUCUCCACAUGCACAUCAUUUCACCGGAGUCUGAGAUGUCGACGCGAAUGGAUCUUACGUUCAGGCCCGACUCCUAUUGGUUCAAGACCACAGAAACCCUACUCGGAAUACUCGAUCGCAUGAAACCUCCUGUGUCGCAAGUCCAGUCUCCGAUCGACGAGUUGGGAGAUUUGAGAUGAAAUUUCGGGACAGGCUACAAGAACAUAUACAUAUACAAACUCGUCCUUCGAGAGGGCCGUCCAUUGGUGCCAUUCUACAUGAGCAUAUUCAAAUGUCACAAGGUCCUUUGCUUCCAAACCCCAUAUACGAUGCUCCUUCCUGGCGACACGCACGAACAAAAGUUGUCGGGAGCAUGUGCCUCCAAAUGGCUUUUUACUGAUUCUAGUAUAUGACCUGCAUAUGAUCAUAUGAUUUCCGAGCGAAUAAAUUUAGGAGAUGUGUUUCGAUUUU